CGUCACAAUCUCACUGUUGCCAGAUGAGAAUGUGCGAGCUGCUGCCAGUCUUCCACAAGCGAUCGUAGAGCGAGGAAGAGAGAAAGUUUAUCGUCUGCACAGCUGCUGCUGAGUUCGGUUGUUUUGUUCUGUGAGCUGUUUAAUAAUUUCUUUUUUACCCGCCGUUUUACGUGUGGAGUUGUUUCUGUUCUGACCGACCUUCGAAAUUCUAUUUUAUAAAUUUUAAGCGUAUUUUCUUCGCUUAAUUUGACAGGAAUUUUCUGCCUAAUUGCUACUUUAAUUUUUUGUCCAAACAAUUUGUUUUGGUGCCUGUAUUUGUAAAGUUAAGCGAAAGUGAGGAAAACUUAGUUCCGUUUCCUGUUUUGCUUUACUUGAAGAGAAGCUGAUUUACUGGAAAUGAGAUGACGUGGUGACUCUGGCCUUGAAAGGGUGGUUCCACCCACUAUGAUGGAGGAAUUCGGUAAAGUUCUUAUGACAGCAGCCAGAGUGGCCUGCAGAAAGAAUGUGGUCGUUGUGGAAGUGUUAAUUUUUGUGGUCAUUUUAACGGUGUGUUCCAAAGGAGAAGCCAAAAAAUGGACAAUGGAAGAGCUGACCUCGGCCAGAUUUCCUCAUAAAGUGUCCAAUGAUAUUUAUUUGGAUCCUUGCAAAUCAGAUGGAUUUGUGGGAGAUAUAGCGUUGAGUCGGUUAGAAAACGAGGAAUAUGAAAAAGAACUUCAGGCGGAAAAAGAGGAAAAGGAGAAAGCGGAGCAACUCGCCAAGAGCCUGGAAAAGAGCGCGAAAAACUUGACCGACAGCGAAACAAGGAAAAGGCACUGGACCUCCAAGCGACUAUCCAAACAGAAACUCAGGGCCCAAAAGAAACUUCGACAUUCUGGCAAAAACAGGCGGAAAAACAUCUCUCACAACAGGCCCAAACGGGCGGCAACCGCUCGACCCGAAAGACUGUGGGACCGAGCUGUCAUACCCUACGACAUCGAAUCCAAUUUCAGUGGCGACCACCGAGCUUUGUUCAAGCAGGCCAUGAGGCACUGGGAGAACUACACAUGCGUCCAGUUCGUGGAGAGAGAAGAGCAUCCCAACUACAUCGUUUUCACGGAAAGACCCUGCGGGUGUUGUUCUUUCGUGGGGAAGCGCGGCAACGGCCCGCAGGCGAUCUCCAUUGGCAAGAACUGCGACAAAUUCGGCAUUGUGGUGCACGAGCUCGGCCACGUGGUGGGCUUCUGGCACGAGCACACCAGACCGGACAGGGACAAGCACGUGCAGAUCAUCAACAAAAACAUCAUGACCGGUCAGGAGUACAACUUCAACAAACUGACGGAAGAAGAGGUGACAUCCCUGGGUCUCGCCUACGACUACGCCAGCAUCAUGCACUACGCGCGCAAUACGUUCUCGAAGAGCACCUACCUGGACACCAUCCUACCCCAGGAGGACCCCACCCAGCGCAAGAGGCCAGAGAUCGGCCAGCGGGUGAGGCUCAGCGAGGGAGACAUCGCCCAGACAAACAUGCUUUACAAAUGCCCAAAAUGCGGCAAAACAAUGCAACAGCCAACCGGAACUUUGUCGUCUCCGGAUUUCUCCAACUCCAUCCCCCCGCACGAGCCUGUUCACUGCGAAUGGCGAAUCACCGCCACGCAAGGGGAGAGGAUCAUUCUCAACAUCACGGAAAUCGACAUUCACAAGUCCGAGAAUUGCGAAACGGAUUACCUGGAAGUCAGAGAUGGAUAUUGGUACAAGUCACCACUGUUGGGCAAGUUCUGCGGUGACACCAAAGUUCCAGAUGUUCUUGUGAGUACUAAAUAUCGCAUGUUGGUGACCUACAAAACGUCAUCCAGCCACAAUAAUUAUAAGGGAUUCAAGGCCCACUACGAAGCUAUUUGUGGUGGUGACAUCGUCCAAGAGAAAGGUAUUCUACACAGUCCAAAUUAUCCAGAAGAUUACUGGUCGAAUAAAGAAUGCACUUGGCGGAUUACGGUGCCAGAAAAUCACCAGGUGGCGCUGAAAUUUCAAUCUUUCGAAAUCGAAAACCACGACAACUGCGUGUAUGAUUACCUGGAAAUCCGCGAUGGCCAUGAAAGCACGAGUCCUCUACUUGGCAGAUUCUGCGGCUACAAGAACCCGGACGACAUCCGGUCAACGGGCAAUAAGAUGACCGUCAAAUUCGUCUCCGACAGAUCGGUGCAAAAAGCGGGUUUUGCGGCCGACUUCAUCAAAGAGUUGGACGAAUGCAAAGGGGAUCACGGCUGCGAACACGAAUGCACAAAUACGUUGGGAGCAUACAAAUGCGAAUGCAGGAUUGGAUAUGAAUUGCACUCCGAUGGCAAAAAGUGUGAAGAUGCGUGCGGGGGCGUGAUCGAAGAGACUAACGGCACCAUCAUCAGUCCGUCCUUCCCCGAUCUCUACCCGCCUAAUAAGUUCUGCAUAUGGGAGAUCAUUGCGCCGCCGCAGUACAGGAUCACACUCAACUUCACUCACUUCGAUUUGGAAGGGAAUAACCAAGAUUGCGAAUACGACAGCGUAGAUAUCCGCAGCAAGAUGGCGGACGACGAAGUGCGCAAGCACGGGGUGUUCUGCGGUUCGAGGUUACCACCCGUGAUCACCUCGGAGGGCAACUCACUUCGCAUCGAAUUCAGCUCCGACAACUCCGUGCAAAAGAGCGGGUUCGGAGCCCUUUUUUUCACAGACAAAGACGAAUGCGCUACGAACAAUGGUGGGUGCCAGCACAUUUGCAAGAACACCAUCGGCAGUUAUGCAUGUUCUUGCCACAAUGGGUUCGUCUUACACGAAAACAACCACGACUGCAAAGAAGGUAGUUGCAGUCACCAGAUCACUACACCCUUUGGUGAGAUCACCAGCCCUAAUUUCCCCGAUUACUACCCCAGCAGAAAAGACUGCGCAUGGCUCUUCACGACGACACCAGGACACAGGAUCAAGCUGGUGUUCCAUGAGUUCGAAUUGGAACCCCACCAGGAGUGUGCUUAUGACCGCAUCAGUGCGUACGACGGGCAGGACGAGGACGCUCCCACCCUGGGCAGAUUCUGCGGCAGCAAGGUGCCUCACCCGAUUCUGGCUUCCGGAAACCGAAUGUAUCUCCUCUUCAAAUCGGACGCCUCCGUACAAAGAAAGGGUUUCAGGGCCACACACACAACUGUUUGUGGAGGGCGUCUUCUUGCCCACCGGGAAAUGGAACAUCUCUACUCCCACGCCAAAUAUGGCGACCAGAACUAUGACAAUAAGGAGGAUUGUGACUGGAUUGUCCAGGGACUGAACGACCACCGAGUGCGACUGCGGUUCCUCACUUUCGAGGUUGAACACGAACAGGAUUGUGGAUAUGACUACGUCGAGGUAUAUGACGGGGAAGAUGACUCUGCCAAGAACAUGGGCAAAUUUUGUGGGAACAAGGUGCCACCUGAAUUCUAUUCGAGCGGGGAUACGCUCAUGGUGCGAUUCCGUUCCGACGACACCAUCAACACCAAAGGAUUCUCGGCCGCCUAUACGGCGUUCGAUGCACCUCUAGAUGAAAACGACGAUAUAAUGGAACGAUACCACCUCUAGUAGCAAAUCUCAUAAUCAGAGACUUCUUUGUACAGAUAUCGAAAAAAUUAAUAAUUUAAAAAAAAGACGAAACUUUAUUUCGGUGUGAACGAGAUCUGUCUCUCGACCGAAGCUCCAUCUUUCGGAUUGUCCACGAACUAAUACAGUCGUGUCUGCUGGCGCUUUUCUGUUAGGAACAGAAGAUUUUUUCAGUUAGUGAUAGGAAAGCGUUAAAUAUAUUCUGUGCCAUACACGAUGCGAUGAUCGUCUCAGAUCUAUUUAUUUCUAAGUUUCUGAAGUCGGUUUACGAUCUAAUGUACAGCUUAACGAUCUUCGAGGCACUUCUUUAUAAUAGACCAAUCCGUUUAGUGAUGAUAUGGAUACAAAUAGCUAUUAUUAUUGCAAAAAUGAGCAAAACGAAAUAGAAUUUAUUCAAAAAUCGAAAUUAAUAUGAGUUUACUUAAUUUUUUGGAAUAAUGGUUUCCUUUAAUUCAUUCGUAUGUUCCUGCUGCUGCAUUUAAAUUUUGCAAGAUCAAAAAUUAGAAUGUUUUUUUAUCCUGUAUAACAAAAUUUUCAAUCCUGUUCUAAAGUCUAUUUUUAGUUUAGUUUAAUGUCAAAAAAUGAAUCCUGCCUAUAUGUUGAAAAGUGGGUCCAAAGAAAUUCUAAAAGACAAAAUGAAAGACAAUAUUUAUAUAUUUCCCUCUUCUAUCUAAUUAGAUGUGAAUUGAAUUAAAAUGCAAUUGUGCAAAAGAGUAUAAAUGUGUAUGCAAUUCUAAAACACUCAUAAGAUACCCUAUUAGCAUAAAAUAUUGUAUGAUAUUCCCACGAUGUUAUUCGAUGUUCUGAAUGCCGGCCAAUGUUGGGAGAAUAGCGUAACAAUACGGUAUGGCAUUUUGUGCUAAUGGGGUCAUAUGAAUAUUUUAAAAUACCACACAUUAAAAUUUUCAUAGGAAGAAAAAAAGGAAUUUAUAGUGUUAAUCUUAAUUUUUUUGAAUAUUAGAAACGAUUCUCGUCCAUAUUGUGAAAAGUGGGUCCAAAUGCUGAAAGUAGAGGCUUGCGUCUUAUCGAUUGAUAAUCUGCUCUUUGAUUCUGUGUGGUAUACAAAACGUUUUCAAGUAAACACGACUUCAGAUUCUUUAAACUGUUGGACUUAUGUCUAAAACUUGUGUCUGAGAACAAUGUGUGUGUGCCAAAAAUGUAUCUUAGAAUGGUAUAUUGAGCAAGAUAUUAGAAGAAAUAUACUUAUGAAAGAAAUUACAGAUAUCAUAUGUUAAUGCUAAGCUUAUACAUUUUUUCCCUGUGUAUUUCUUUUUUUAAAUGAUUAAUUUACAAACUUGUAAACAAUUUUUGUUAUUCUUUUUAAAACAAAAAGUGUUUUAAAGUCAAUUUAAGUGAUUUUUAAGUACUUAACCAUUUCAAAGCAGUUUACUAAUAUUUCUUGCUUUUUUAACGAUUUUAAUAUUAUACAACAUCAAUUCAAAAAUAAAUAAGUAUAUUUAAGGGUGAUAUGCAACCCAUUACUAUUCUCAUUCAUAAAGAAACAAAUGUUUUUAAUAAAAUCGAAAAUGAAAAUUUAUGAACAUAUAAAUUCUGGUCCAUUGCGUGUAGCAAUUCCUUGUGAAUUUCAAAAAAAAAUCCACUAAUUUUACAAAAAAUUUCAGUUUUUUUUAUUAGUUCUUACUGAAUAUAAUUUUUUAAAAAACAUUUUCCUUCUAUAUGUUAUCAAAGACAUUAUUUUUUUAAUGUUGAAUUGCCUUUAGUUCUAGUCAUAGAUUUUAUGUCGUGCUGCCAUCUAGCGGCUAUUAGAGCCAACAAUUGAUUAUGCUUUUUAAUUAAAGAUAUCUUUUACUUUCCUUCUUGAAUUUCGGAUGAAGGAAAUAUGAAAUAAAUAAGAUAACAGAAGAACGUAGAAAUUGUUUCUAGAAUAUAUGUCAUUUGUUGAAAGAUGUGAGCAAAUUUCGAAAAGUGAUCUAGAAAGAAAAUAAACUCCAACUAAACAAAAAUGCAUAUCGCAUAGUCUUUAAAUAGACUGAACUACAACUAUUGUUGGGAAACUUAAGCAGUUUAAUAAUAUUGUAGUAAAUUUUUUAAACUGUGCAGUGUAAAGUUGGGACACUCAACUUUUUUUAUUUGUAUCUGUAUGUUUACUCACAUUGUAUUGAAGUAGAUCCUAUAGAACUGCUUUUAAGAUAAAGUAUAAAAGUAAUGUAACAUAACUGUUGUUCAAAAAGUUUCAAACAUGUAACGAAACAUAAUACAAUUCAAAAAAAAUACUUUAAAAAUUUAACAUAUUUUAUUAAGGGCAAAUGAAUUAAAGUGAAAAUUGUGCAUUUCAGUAAAUAUUUUUUGAGAGUGUGAAAUCUCAUUAUAUAUUAAUACUCAUUAUUUGAACGUAAAGCAACAAACUUUACAAAGUUCUUUUAUAUUAAAUGAUUCAAAACAUUUGAGUGGUUUCAGUUCGAAAAAAAGUAAUUUAAAUGUAUCUGCUGUUCAAUUCAUUAAAUGUUUUAGUAUUGAAUAAAGACUUCCAAUGUUUAAGAAAGAAAUGCAUAUAAAUCAUACUAACUAUUAGCAAAAAAAUUUAGCAUAAGUUUUUUUUUAUUUUCAAUUUUUAUUGGAAGAAAAUAUUAAAAUAUACGAAAAUUUCCCUUCAAAAAUAUUUGACUUUCUAUUUAAAGAAAACAAAAAUAACAUUUGUUAAAAAUAUUAUGCUAAAAAUGUCUACAAUUCUAUGAAGAAUAUAAUACUAAUUAGAAUGUUAUUUCAGCAGUUUUUACCCACAUAUCUUUGGACAAAUAAAUUCAUUUUCAAAUAUCUACACUUGACAUUGUACAGGAAAUGGAAAAUUGUAUCUGCGACUAACUCUUUGGCGUUAGCUUCUAGAAACGUUAAGAGUAGCAUUUUACAUACUAGCGAGCCUUCUGUUAAUGGAAUGGAUACUGUAAACGUAUCAUCAAUGAAUGUCUUUGUUUUUAACUACUUAUCAUUAAAUGUUCGUUUUCAA